AUGGGUUCGGCGUCGGCACAACUUUUCCACGUCCACAUGCGCAUGAGGCCGUUUUUGUUGCUCCCGUUUUCUCUAUUUUAUCCACCUCAGCAUUUGACACUAGCUUACAUUGACAUCGGCACGAUGCUUGAUGAGAGCUCGAGCGGCAGACUGAUUUCCUUUCAUGGCUGCGUGGUGCAGAGGUGUCAGACCGUAGGAGUCUCUCGCAUUAACAUCCGCUCCUCGGUCCACGAGUAGGUCUACGAUGAUAGUUGGUACAUCGACUGAUGUAAUAGGACAGGUAGCGCUUUGUGCUGAUAAAUCGAUAUAUUGCGAGACGAGUGACCUUUCCGUUGGAGAGGUGCGUUGUUGUGCGAGAGGACGACAGUACUUGGCAGUGAGAUGCAAUGGAGUGAAUUGAUCUCUCCCAACUAUGUCUACUGUGGCUCCUUUGUUCAGCAGCAGUUCGACAGCUUUCACGUGACCAUACUUAGCCGCAUAGUGAAGAGCCGUGAACCCAUCACUGUCGGCCACAUUCACAAGUUCUGGAUAACGAGAGGUGAGCUUUCCUAUUGUGUCCACAUUUCCGUCUCUCGCACCCUGAAAGACUGA